UUAAAAUGGUUAGUUAUUUGAUAGAGGUUAGGUCGGUCGAAGACCAUCCAAUAAGUGAGUUAUACUGUUAUAGUGCUAAUUUCAAAUAUUUGGUCAUUAGUCAAAUAUGAGUUUCACGUGUUCACGAGUUCGCAGUUUGUGUCACUAAAUCAGGGAAUAAAUUCCUACUAUGCUUCAAAAAAGUCGUCUUCUUUUUUAACUUUUAACUUUGUUAAUAUGGCAAAAACAUCAGAAUAUACAACUGAGGCAAAAGUAAUGGUUCCACCAUUAAAUUUUGCAAUGGUGGCACCAGGAGUUUAUAGAUCUGGACAUCCUAACAGACAAAAUUUUCCUUUUUUAAUUAAAUUAGGACUUAAAAGUAUAAUUUAUUUAUCAUCUGAUAAUUUUAAUAAAGAAUUAGAACAAUUUGUUAAUGAACAACAAAUUCAAGUUUUUCAUUACAGAAUUGAUGGCAAUAAAGAACCUUUCAUGGAAAUUGAACAAAAAGAUAUAAGUAGUGCAUUAGUUAAAGUAUUAGAUGUUCGAAAUCAUCCAGUAUUGAUUCAUUGUAAUAAGGGAAAGCAUAGAAUAGGAUGUUUAAUAGGAUGUCUUCGUAAAUUACAAAAAUGGUCAAUGACCUCAAUAUUUGAUGAAUAUCGUAGAUUCGCAGGAUCAAAAGUAUUGGCUGAUCAAGAGUUUAUUGAAAUAUUUUCUGAACAUGUUCCAUAUGAUCCAGAAUAUAAACCUGGUUGGUUAUGAUUUAAAUAAGUAAUGAAUUAGUUCUAAAAAAAAAACAUCAAUUGAGUAAAUUAUUAAUUCCUUAAGAUAAAUUUAUUUUAUUGUAACAAAGAAGAGAAAAAUUUUAAAUGUUUAUUAAAUAAUA